CUGAAGAUUGCUACCCGCCAAUUCCCAUUGAUUUUCCUGAUGGAUUGAAGAGGAGAAGAAACGUUUCCCCGUAAAGAUGUCCUUGCUUUCUCUCUUCCCAGAUCCACCAGGUUUUGAUGAGGUYACUCUGUGUGAAUACAAUUCCAAAUAUAUCUCAGAAAACGUUGAAACUGCCGACGUAAAAAAGCAUGUCCCAGCUACACACGGAUUUGAUUAUCCAGUUAUUAGCAUAGAUAAAGAGGGAGUUAAGACUGGACGGAGCUUAUCCAAGACUGAAGAAGAAUGGAGUCCAUUUUUGAGUUGUACUGAAGAAACAGAUAUAUGGAAAAAAUUAUUUCAUGCUUUAGUAAACAGAGGAUUCACAGGUAUGCUUCAAGAACUCAAAAAGAGCAAAGAUGAAGCACCAAAGUGGUUGACAUUYCUUGGAAAUGGUAUUGAUUCAAUAACUAGUUUGUUUGACUCUUUGUAUGGGAAAGCCUUUCCUCAUCURAAUUUGUCAAGGGAAGAGAUGAUUACAAUGUUUUCAUGUGUUUCCCAUUGGCCAACUUCCUCAAUAAGAGGCUUGGAAUGGCACCCUUUUAUUGRAAAGUUUGCAAUUGCAUGGCAGGAUGAUAGAAUAGAAGUUUAUACAUUAAAAAGUAAUGUGGUACCUUUACUAAAACAUCGACGACAACAAGCCAUCACAUGCGUUGCAUGGAGGCCUCUUUCAGCUUCAGUACUUGCUGUGGGUUGUAACACAGGUAUUUUUGUAUGGACAGUAGACCCAAAUUCACCAGUAACAAGACUKGGCAGUAGUUCUGUUAGGCACCUUUCACAACCAUGUCACAAUCCUGUUACAUGUAUUACAUGGUCUCCAAAUGGGGAUUUGUUGGUGUCUGGAUCUCCCGCUGAUAGUUCAAUGAUGGUGUGGAAUGUUAGUGUAGAGAGUGCAACUCCACUGUACAGAGCUGGAGGAGGAAUUUCWCUCACUUGUUGGUCACCAGAUGUGAGGAACCUCUUUGUUGCUACACCUGGUUCAAUGUUUAGAAUAUGGGAAACACAGACUUGGACUUGUGAAAAAUGGUCAAAUCUUGCAGGCAGAUGCAAGGCUGCAUGCUGGAGCCCAGAUGGAGGCAUUCUUAUUUUUGCUGUAGCAGAAGAAUCAGCUUUGUACUCUUUGAAGUUUCACGAUGGAAUACAAGGUGAGAAUUCCCCAGACUAUUCAACUGGUGCUCAAAUUGCUGUCAAGUGUGCAAACCUGGUCCCACAUGCCUUUGGUGAUGAUGACUCUCUCAUACUUGGUGGAGUAGUUAGAAGCAUGACAUGGGAUCCUCUUGGUGAACGACUGGCUGUCAUUUUUGAGGAUGAAAAAUGCAAAGCACAAGAAGUGGUUGCCAUAUUCAAGACAAGAUUAAAGCCUUCUUUUGAAAUCAUCCCAAGUGGUUUUGUUAGAGGACCUCUUGAUACCUACCCUGAAAUUGUGGCAUUCCAAAAACAGUUUGACAAAGGAGCUCUCCUCACAGUGGGCUGGUCAGAUGGAAGUGUCACGUUUGUUCCAAUGUUAUUUUCAACUUGUGAUGAGAAGUGCUUAAAGCAAAGUCAUCUCUCAAAUGGUGCCAUAGUUGGAUCAAAUAGGUACACAGAGUAAAGGCCGAACUAUUGUAUAAUGUAAAGUAGCUGUACAUAGUAUUGUACAAGUUUAUGCACAUUGUAUAGUGCUCUGCCCUAUAUAAGCAGUUAGGUAUUAUAUUCUACACUACAGCAUAGUUAGAUCAACCAGGAUGUCAGGCAUAGACACAUCUUGGAAUAUAUUUGAAAAGAUCACUGUAAACCAGGUGGUGCUAAGUAGGAUUGAAUAAAAAAUAUGCAAAAAUUAUGGAAUACUAAGAUGCUGUAUUGAAAAUAAAUAUAUAUUCUUGA